GGGUCACGCAGUCAGUCUGUUCGCUGUCAUUUAUUAUAUUAUUCUUAUUAUUUCUGGGCUCUGGAUCUGUCUCGUCAUGAUGGGCGGCAGCAGCAGCAGCGAAUCGCGGCUGGUUUGGGCGCGGCGCUGUUCGUCGCUUACUGCAUUUAUUUCGACAAAAGAGACGGAGUGACCCGAACUACAAGAACAAGCUACGAAGAACGAAGAAAAAAGCAGAAGGCGGUUCAGGAGAAAGCUGGAUUAUCGAAGUUGCCAGACCUGAAGGACGCCGAGGCCGUUCAGAAGUUCUUCCUGGAGGAGAUUCAGCUCGGAGAAGAGCUGCUGGCGCAGGGUGACUAUGAGAGAGGCGUGGAUCACCUGACGAAUGCGAUCGCGGUGUGUGGUCAGCCGCAGCAGCUCCUGCAGGUCCUGCAGCAGACACUUCCUCCUCCAGUCUUCCAGAUGCUCCUCACCAAACUGCCCACCAUCAGCCAGCGUAUCGUCAGCGCUCAGAGUGUCAGCGACGACGACCUCGAGUAGAAGACCUCCAGCAGCUGUGUGACAUCACUUCCUGUCUGCUUCGAAUCGGUCCAUCGCUCAGUCAUCGCCCCUUUCCAUCCAGUUCUCAAACACUGAACGCACCGAUACGGAUUUAACGAAGCACUUGGGAUGAAAUGUCAUAGUUUUGUGUUGAAUCUGAGCUCCUGAAGUUGACGUGUGUUUCAGAGUAUUAGAAUGACUGAAAACAAGCACGACCCGCAUCAUUUGUUUUACUAGCAAAGCAUUUUGGGUUGACAGAAUUAUGGAAUAUGCAAGCAGUAAAUCAUUGACUAAUGUGAGUCAUUUAUCUGUGUUCAUGUAUUUAAGUUAUUUUUAAAGGCUGCGAAACGUUUAGUGUGGUAUUGUGGGAUAGGAAGCACAUUUAAAGGUGUUCUGUUUUAGGGGAGAGUUUCCUCUUUUUUUUAACUCCAAAAUAAAACAAAUCAUUGUAUGGUG